GUGUGCUUUCAUCUUGCAAUCAUGGCGGACGCCUUUGGAGACGAUUUGUUCAGCGUGUUCGAUGAAGAACAAACAUCUUCAACUAAAAAGAAACCACCAAUACCUGAAAAGGGGAAAGCAACCAGUAAUGAUGAUAACGGCGAAAAGAACGAGCCCACUGCUGCCAAGACCAAGAGGGAAGCAGACAACGACGGGACAGAUGAGGUGGUGAUCGGGAAAAAGGCCAAGCUGGAGACUGUCUCUACAGAGGAGAUCAAUCUUGCAGACUGCAUGCCCAAAGUGAAGGUGGAGCCGGUUGAGACAGUGGAAGGAUGCAAUCACGAGGUGGCUCUGCCAGCCAAUGAGGAGUACACACAGCUUAAGCCUCGUGUGGGGAAAGCAGCCAAGGAGUACCCCUUCAUUCUGGAUCCCUUCCAACGUGAGGCCAUUCUGUGUAUAGACAACAACCAGUCAGUGCUAGUGUCUGCCCACACCUCUGCAGGAAAGACUGUCUGUGCAGAGUAUGCCAUAGCUCUAGCCCUGAGAGGGAAGCAGAGGGUCAUCUUCACCAGCCCCAUCAAGGCCCUGAGUAACCAGAAGUACAGAGAGAUGUACGAAGAGUUCCAAGAUGUUGGCUUGAUGACUGGUGAUGUCACCAUCAACCCCACUGCCUCUUGCCUUGUCAUGACCACUGAGAUCCUGAGGAGCAUGUUGUACCGAGGGUCAGAGGUCAUGAGAGAGGUGUCCUGGGUCAUCUUUGAUGAGAUCCAUUACAUGAGAGAUGCAGAGCGUGGCGUGGUCUGGGAAGAGACCAUCAUCCUGCUCCCUGACAAUGUCCACUAUGUCUUCUUGUCCGCCACCAUCCCCAACGCCAAGCAGUUUGCUGAGUGGAUCUGCCACCUCCACAAACAGCCCUGUCACGUGGUGUAUACUGACUUUCGGCCCACCCCCCUGCAGCACUACAUCUUCCCAGCAGGUGGCGACGGACUUCACCUUGUGGUGGAUGAGAACAUGAGGAGAAGCAGCUUGUAGAGGAGGUGUUUAACAACGCUGUAGACUGUCUGUCUGACGAUGACAAGAAGCUGCCUCAGGUAGAGAAUGUUCUACCACUACUGAAGAGAGGUAUAGGGAUUCACCACGGGGGACUGCUCCCCAUCCUGAAGGAAACCAUUGAGAUCCUCUUCUCUGAGGGGCUAAUUAAGGCGUUGUUUGCCACAGAGACCUUUGCCAUGGGCAUCAACAUGCCUGCCCGCACCGUCCUGUUCACCAGCGCACGCAAGUUUGACGGCAAAGACUUCCGAUGGAUCACGUCUGGUGAGUACAUCCAGAUGUCUGGCCGAGCUGGCAGGAGAGGGAUGGACGAGAGAGGCAUUGUCAUCUUCAUGGUGGAUGAGAAGAUGAGCCCUGCAGUGGGGAAACAGCUGCUCAAGGGCUCAGCUGACCCUCUCAACAGUGCAUUCCACCUCACYUACAACAUGGUUCUCAACCUGUUGCGAGUGGAGGAGAUCAACCCGGAGUACAUGCUGGAGAAGUCUUUCUACCAGUUUCAGCACUACAGGGCUGUGCCCGGCGUUGUAGAGAAGAUGGGGAAGCUGGAGAAGAUGUAYAACGCCAUAGAGAUCCCCAACGAGGAGAGUGUGGUCACUUACUAUAAGAUCCGCCAGCAGCUGGCUAAACUGGGCAAAGAGAUCGAAGAGUUUGUCCACAAACCCAAGUACUGCCUUCCUUUCCUCCAGCCUGGUAGACUGGUCAAGGUCAAAAACGAAGAUGUUGACUUUGGAUGGGGCGUGGUCGUUAAUUUCUCAAAGAAGUCAAACGUCAAGGCCARUACAGGUGAUGCAGACCCUCUGUACGUGGUGGAGGUGCUGGUCCACUGUAGUCAGGAGAGUGUGAAGAAUGCAGCUACAGAGGCUGCUAAACCUGCUGCCACUGGGGAGAAGGGUGAAAUGCAGGUGGUUCCUGUGAUGCUCCGCCUCCUGACCUCUAUCAGUUCCGUCCGUCUCUACAUCCCCAAAGACCUCCGGCCUUAUGACAACAGACAAAGCAUGCUGAAAUCCAUACAGGAGGUGCAGAAGCGCUUCCCAGACGGAGUUCUUCCCCUGCUGGACCCCAUUGAUGACAUGGGCAUCAAGGACCCAGGCCUGAAGAAGAUCAUCCAGAAGGUGGAGGCGUUCGAACACAGGAUGUACUCCCACCCCAUGCACUCUGACCCCAGCCUGGAGGCUGUCUACUCCCUCUGCGAGAAGAAAGCCCUGAUUGCAGGGGACAUUAAAGCGGCCAAGAGGGAGCUGAAAAAGGCUAGGACUGUCCUGCAGAUGGACGAGCUGAAGUGCAGGAAGCGUGUUCUGAGACGCCUGGGGUUCGCUACUUCCUCUGAUGUCAUCGAGAUGAAGGGCAGAGUGGCCUGUGAGAUCAGCAGUGCUGAUGAGCUGCUGCUGACUGAGAUGGUGUUCAACGGUCUGUUCAACGAUCUGACUGCAGAACAGGUUACUGCUCUGCUCAGUGUCUUCGUCUUCCAGGAGAAUGCGAAUGAGAUGCCCAAACUGACAGAGCAGCUGGCUGGACCACUGAGACAGAUGCAGGAGUGUGCCAAGCGCAUUGCCAAGGUGUCUGCAGAGGCUAAACUGGAGGUGGAUGAGGAGACCUACCUGGACAAGUUCAGGCCUCACCUGAUGGAUGUGGUCUACACCUGGGCUAACGGAUCCACCUUCGCUCAGAUCUGCAAGAUGACCGACGUCUUCGAAGGUAGUAUCAUCCGCUGUAUGCGUCGCCUGGAAGAGCUGCUGCGUCAAAUGUGUCAGGCAGCCAAGGCCAUCGGCAACACCGAGCUGGAGAAAAAGUUUGCAGAUGUUAUCACAAAAAUCAAGAGGGAUAUUGGUUUGCUGCCAGUCUAUAUCUGUGAUUUGUUGUAUUUUUUUGUGACUGGAACAUCAACUUGUUAA